GGAGAAGCCGCAGCUAUGGACGGAUCAGCCCCGCGUCGGCUCCCGGAGACAGAACCCAUCAGCUCUGAGCAGAUCGUGAGGAUGGCGGCCCAUCUGCUCCGGUGGACCAUCAGCAUGGCCAUGGACAGAGAGUGCCCUUGGGGAUCCAUCUUCCGAGUGGCGGCAGAGAUGUUUUCUGACGGCAAUAUCGGCUGGGGUCAAAUCGCGGCCCUUUGCGGCUCUGCCAGCAACCUGGUCUUGCAGACCCUGUGCACCAGGCUGACCAGGACCAUUGUGGGCUGGGUGCUGGACUUCAUUCAAGAGCGUCUGCUGGGCUGGAUCCAGGAGCAGAGUGGCUGGGAUGGCCUCCUCUCCUACUUCUCGACCGCGUGGCAGGUGGUGGCCAUCCUCUCCGCCACUGUGCUCAUGGCAUCAUUCAUCGUCCAGAGGAGGAUGGCUGAAUGAGACUUCAAUGAGUCCUUUGGACUUUCUUUUCUACAUAACUUAUUGUUUUCAUAUCUUUUAUAAUUAUUUUCUAAUUAUUUGGGGAGUUGGGGGGAGGCAAUAAAUCUCUUCUGGCCCCACA